AUGGCUCAACCUUCAACCCCCGGGCAGUCCAUCUUUGGCGGGCCAACCCCUGUCGCCGGAUCGAACCAAGUAGUCUUCGCUACCAACGCCAAUAUCAACCAUACCUUAUCGGCCUCGACUUCGCUGCAACCAACUCCGACGCCGCCUUCGGCCGGCUCGUCCUCCAACAAUACCUAUAUCAUGCCAAACUCCCCUGCGAAAGGCCGUACUAUCGCCGAUGGAUACCGACCCAAAGUCACCCGUACGCUAGGACAAAGACCCGCUUGUCUAGUGAAUGCUUCGGUGACGUACUGUGGAAACAAUCAGAUAUACGCAUUUGGAGGAUUCGAUCAAUACACAGAUGAGGUUUAUAAUCAUGUGCUGAGGCUGGACCUCGUUAGCCAUCAAUGGAACCUUGUCGACAACUAUGGUGAUAUCCCUGGGGUGCGAAUGGGACACACUGCGACACUUCAUCAAGGAAGCAAACUACUGGUUUUUGGCGGCGAGAACGAACAUCGAACCUACUUAUCCGACCUUAUUGUCUUUGACCUCAAGACCGCCCACUGGACUCAACCCCAAGUCUCGGGUCCGAUACCGAAAGGGAGAGCGAGACAUGCUGCUGUCUUGCACGAAGACAAGCUGUUUAUAAUUGGAGGCAUAACCGGUCAGAACAACUAUGUGCUGGAUGACAUUUGCUACCUUGAUUUAAAAACGUUCACCUGGUCCAAGUCAUGGCGCUUCGUCGGACGAUUUGACCAUUCGGCAUACAUUUGGGGCGAUCGAGUAUGGGUGUUUGGAGGUUUGAGUGAGGACAUGGACAAGAUCAGUGACCUUUGGUGGUUGGACCUGAAAGGAAGUCCACAGUUUGACUCUCGGCCCCAAAUCGGUAUCUUUGAUCGGGGGGCCCUGUCAACUAGAACUAGCAGCUCUCCUCGACCCCCCUACACAAUGCCACAAGCACCUGUCGUGGGUGCCUCUGGAUACGCCGCCAAUUCUCGAACAGCUCAAGUCAAUCCACCAUCAGUCCAGAUCAAGUCAUAUGCGCCGUUGGCUCCGGGGUCAAUAUCUGCUCUUAAGUUCAUGUCUGGACCGUCGAUACCAUCACAAGGCUCGGGCCUUCAUUUCCAUGCCUACUCGUCGGGUACUCUCCUCGAUUUCGUCACACCCGCCGCUACUAUCACGUCGAGAGAAUGCUCGCUAUCGGCAUUGGAUCUCGGCACACUUCGCUGGACAAAACUUGCUGCGGGGCGUGAGAUCUUCAAGACAGGCUACAGAUGGCAUUAUUGCUGUAUGAAUGAAGAUGGCACCAAAUCCUGGCUGUUGGGGUGCCCGACAGAUCCUGCUAUAACGGACAUUGGGCCCAAUGGCUAUGAGGAAUAUCUUAGUGACAUUAUGGAGAUCGACCUCCGUCGAUAUGGUUUCCUCGGCGACAAUUUGACCCCAGAACCAAGGGCAGAAUCAAGACCGUCUGCAAUGACUAGAGCUAUGGAUCAACCUUCUAAGGGGCUUGGCUCGGAUCUGGCGAAGCUCUUUAACCAGCCGCCCGAGACAGGAAGCGGUACUGACUUUAUCAUUACUGCACUGGCCGGAGACUACGAUGACGAUGAAACGCUCAGUUCCAGUCUGAUCCGUAAUGAUGAUACGCCACAAAACCAAAGCUGGCUUUCAGCAGAUGCACCGACCUCGCAACCCAUCCAUGUCCACAAACUCAUCUUACAAGCUCGUUGGCCACACUUUGCGCGUCUUUAUAACGCCCAAAUGGCCGAGUUUCACACCAAGAAGAUGCAUAUUCCUGAACCUUACAGUGUAGUCAAGGCUUUCCUCUAUUAUCUAUACACAGACAGUAUCCGUGGCACAUCGGACAAUGAUGGCGAUGUAACCACAGCGCUUUCUGACGUGGCUGGCCUCUUGGUCAUGUCCAACAUUUACAACAUUCCUCAUCUUCGCCUUCUUUGCGUCAAUCGCCUUGCUAAAGAACUUGAUGUCGACCAUGCUUGUAUCAUCUGGUACUGCUCGGGGCUCGCUAACGAAGAGUGGCUGCGCAAACGUGCCGCUGGAUUCUGCAUGACGCAUUGGGGCCGCAUCGUUCGCACGCAGGGCUUCCUUCGACUACCACGCAAUGCGCUCGUCGAGCUCUCGCAAGAGAUCGACAUGGAGGGGCGGGUAAUUGGGGGAGAAGAGCUCGAAUGGGGUGGUAUGAACGACAGCAUGGGUCAUGACGCUCGUAAGGAGAGCAUCAGUAGUAACCAAACGCAGAUGAUCGAGUCUGAAGUCGACGAAGAUGACGGUAUGGAAAUGUCCUGA